GCAGCAUCAACCUCAAGUAUGGAGGACGAGUUUAGUUAGCUACCCGCAAUAAAUAUUUAAUAAGCAAAAGAUACCACCAUACAUUGUCCUUUUGCGAACUAUUCUUUCUCACAGAUGUUAUAAACCUCUGCACUUAAACUAGUUUAAUCGUAAGAGGAGACUGAGGACAGCCCAUCAUGGAGUCAGAAAAUAACGUGUCAGGGUUGGUUUGGAUCUGCCCCAACCUGUGAUUGGAAGAAAGCUUGCCACGUGCACAUUUCUUUACUACCGUGUCUCGUGAGCACACUGUAUUACCUGACAGCUCGCUCCGCGUGGGGUUUGAAGACCUCCUUAAAGGUUUCAUCUGCAGCAGCUUGGUGACCUCCUGCAGCGUGAACACAGCGACUUUUGAAUGCACUGAGCUGCUUUUUCACAAACAAAAUGGCUAUGAGUUCGUUCGACAUCGAUGCGCCGCGAUGGGAUCAGACUACGUUCAUGGGCCGACUGAAACAUUUCUUCAGCAUCACCGACUGGCGAACUGCAUUUUUACCUGACUCGCGGUUGGAUGAAGCUAAAGCUUUAGUAGAAAGCUGCAGGGCCGGAUCCGUCCCUCCAGGCACCACGGUGGAACAGCUCUACUAUGCAAAGAAGUUGUACGACUCUGCUUUCCAUCCAGACACGGGGGACCGUAUGAACCUCAUUGGACGCAUGUCCUUUCAGGUCCCUGGAGGCAUGGCCAUCACUGGGUUCAUGUUGCAGUUCUACAGGACAGUUCCUGCUGUGGUGUUCUGGCAGUGGGUGAAUCAGUCCUUCAACGCUUUGGUCAACUACACCAACCGCAACGCUGCCUCCCCCAUCACUCCAAAGCAGAUUGGAGUGGCUUACAUUACAGCAACCAGCACAGCUUUAGCAACAGCCGUUGGACUCAACCUCUACACAAAGAAAGCUCCUCCUCUCGUGGCUCGCUGGGUCCCUUUUGCAGCCGUGGCUGCAGCCAACUGUGUUAACAUUCCCAUGAUGAGGCAGCAGGAAAUUCUGAACGGCAUCGCUGUCACAGAUGAAAAUGGCAACAAACUGGGUCACUCUAAGAAAGCAGCAGUAAAAGGCAUCACUCAGGUGGUCGUCUCUCGGGUCACCAUGGCGGCUCCAGGAAUGAUCAUCCUUCCAAUCAUCAUGCAAAGGCUGGAAAAAUACAAGUUCAUGCAGAGAAUCACUUUUCUUCACGGACCAAUUCAAGUGAUGAUGGUGGGAGUGUUUUUGGUCUUCAUGGUGCCUGCUGCCUGCUCCCUGUUCCCCCAGAGAUGCUCUUUGGCUGUGUCGAAGCUGGAGCCCGAGCUGAGAGACGCCAUUAUGUCUCAAUAUGGAGGCAGCAUACAACAGGUUUACUUCAACAAAGGCCUCUGAGGCCAAAAGGGCUGCUUAGUGUUUUCUAUCUGAUACAAAAAACCAGACACCUUUGUGUUUAUGUUGCGUGUCUUUAUUUUUUAACUAUUAGUCACAAUAAAUUUUCAUUCAUUUCAUUUUCUUAUAUUUCAUUUCCAAAUUGGAGCUGAUUCUGGAGCUUUGCAUCAAACGUCACCUUUUUUUAAAAAUUCCAUUUCUUUUUAAAAAAUUCCCACUGUAAACAUGACAGAUCCUCGAGGUACUGUGUUCAGAAACCAAAUGAUCUCAUCUCAGGAACAGUUUGUUGCUUUGCCAGAUUAAAACUGUUAGGUCACUAUCAUGAUGUAACCUGUCUGUAGCUGUUUUCAUUGGCUGUUUGUUUGAAAAUGCACCAUCAGUCUGCCAAGCCUCCUCUUACUCUGUGCCUUUUUACAGUGUGGCAGGAGCAACACCCGGCUCUUUCUGACCUAACUGUGAAACCUUAAAACGCCUGUGUGCACCAGUUAAGUCGGACAUGGUCGUUCAGUGUUGUGGAGGCUACUGCCCUCUUCUGCCUGAAUCGAGGUAGACAAACCAGCUAGAUCACUUCACCGUGUAAGAAGCUGAAUGCAAACCACACGUCUCUGAGACACCGUGUACGACUGUGGUGUUUUAAGAAAUAAAAUAAUUUCUGCUGUA